AUGGAGAUUGAUGUUAGCCUUUAUGUUGAUAACAAUAUUCAUGAAGUUGCCAGGGAUGGCAAUAUUGAUGCUAUUAAGCUUCUACUUAAGAAACAUAUAGAUAUCAAUAUUCAGGAUAAAAAUGGACUGACUGCUCUAAUGCUAGCUAGUAGAAAUGGUCAUCAUCAUGUUGUCGAACUACUACUAAAAGAACAUGCUGACAUUAAUACUCAGAAAAAACAUGGAGGGACUGCCUUAAUGGUAGCUAGUGAAAGUGGUCAUCACCAGGUUGUUGAAAUACUACUCAAAGAACACGCUGACAUUAACCUCCAGACAAAAAGUGGACUGACUGCUCUAAUGCUAGCCAGUCAAAAUAGUCACACCAAGAUUGUUGAACAAUUACUCAAAGAGCAUGCCAAUGUUAAUACUCAGGAAGAAAUUGGAUGGACUGCCCUAAUGCUAGCAAGUCAAAAUGGUCAUCACCAGGUUGUAAAACUAUUGCUCAAAGAACAUGCUGACAUUAAUCAUCAAGGAAAAGAUGGAGUGACUGCUCUAAUGCUAGCUAGUCAAAAUGGUCAUCACCAGGUCAUUGAAAUACUACUCAAAGAGCACGCUGACAUUAAUCACCAGGGAAAAGAUGGAUGGACUGCUCUAAUGCUGGCUAGUCAAAAUGGUCAUCACCAAGUCAUUGAACUACUACUCAAAGAACAUGCCAAUGUUAAUGCUCAAAAAGUAAAUGGAGCAACUGCCCUAAUGCUAGCUAGUCAAAAUGGUCAUCACCAGUCAUUGAACUUUUACUCAAACUACAUGUCAACAUCAAUAGCCAGAAAGAAAAUGGAGUGA